AUGACAGUGCUGUGCGUGCUGUGGGCUACUCUGUCCACUGUGGCCUCGAUUCUGGCGUGCUCCGGUUUUUACCUGCCUUAUUGGAUUCAGGGACGACUGUUGGGGAAGGCUGACGCAUACUUCAGUUCCUUUCGGCGUUGCAACUACCCGCGAAUCAGGGCGCCCAACGCCACGCCCGAGAUAGUUUACGAGUGUGCGAGGUAUUCCAGUUUUUGGGACAUACCGAGUGCUUGGUGGCAGGCGAGUACAGUCACAAUGGGUAUCGGCGUCGCGAUUGCAGUGAUCGGUGCCCUGACACUUUUGGCAGCAGCAUCGUCAUUCCUUCCGCAUAUUCUCAAGACGCCAAAGCACACAAGGAUUCUUGGUUCCUUACAACUGCUUGCUGCCACGAUGAUAUGCGGCGGCCUAGUCAUGUAUCCGAUAGGCUGGGAUAAUCGGGAGGUACGCGAAUCGUGUGGGAAAGGGGCCAACGUUUACAAUCUCGGGAAGUGCUCGGUGUCCUGGUCGAGUCACUUGCUGGUCGGCUCGGUGGCGUUGCUGAUGCUGUGCUUCGGCUUGAGCUUCUGCGCGGCGCGACACAAGCCCGACGCGAAUCCGCACACGGAUCCUCUGCGCAUUUGA